AUGAUGGCGUCGACAACAUCAAGCUCACCAUCGUCCAAGACACCCUCAGAGAGGGGCGACGACAUCAAAGCAUUCUCUUCUUCCUCGCAAGGCUCGUCAGGAUCCUCAUCGGCAACCACACCAGAGCCAUCAAGCCCCACGGUCUCUGCAAAGGACGCUGUCGAUCCGUUCCAGCCUCGCGAAGCCUACGAUGACUCCGUUCUGCCCGCCAUUCCGGCUUCGGAAAGCAUCAAGCCGCUUUCGAGCGACUCGAACACACCCGACCACUGGAUCGCACGAGACGAGCGCAUGAUCCGCCUCACGGGCAAGCACCCCUAUAACUGCGAAGCUCCCCUCUCCGAGCUCUUCAACAAGGGCUUCCUGACACCACAGAACCUCUUCUACGUCCGUUCGCACGGUGAUACGCCACGCAUCACACGAGAACAGGCGGACAACUGGAAGCUCAAGAUCCACGGCUUGGUGGAGAACGAGAUGGAGCUCAGCAUCAAAGACCUCAAAGAAAAGUUCCCGACCGUCACGCUGCCGAUCACACUGGUCUGCGCAGGCAACAGACGAAAGGAGCAGAACAUGGUUGCCAAGGGUCUUGGUUUCAACUGGGGCGCUGCGGGUGUUUCGACGGGUCUGUUCACGGGUGUCUAUCUCGCAGACAUUCUCGAGUACUGCAAGCCCAAGAAUCCGCUUCUGUCCUCGUUCCCAUCGUACGACGUCGCUGUGCCGGGACGAGCGAGGCACGUGGUGUUCGAGGGCGCCGACGAAUUGCCCAAGGGCAAGUAUGGCACUUCGCAGCGACUCAACUGGGCGCUAGACAGGUCGAAGGGCAUGCUCAUCGCCUGGGGUCUCAACGGCGAGGAUCUUUCUCCUGAUCACGGCUUCCCUCUGCGCCUCGUCGUGCCCGGUCAAAUCGGUGGUAGGAUGGUCAAGUGGCUCGAGCGCAUCGAAGUUUCCGACCGUGAGUCCCAACACCACCUUCAUUUCCACGACAACAAGGUGCUUCCAACCGAGGUCACCGCCGACCAGGCUCGCAGCGAGAUGCACUGGUGGUACGACCCCAAGUACAUCAUCAACGACCUCAAUGUCAAUGCUGCCAUCUGCUCGCCGGAUCACGAUCAAACCAUCGAGGUAGCCGACCUUGCCACGACGGAAGCGCAGUCGCAACCGCAGCUGCUGCCGAUCGAAGGAUAUGCGUAUACCGGCGGUGGACGCCGCAUUGCGCGCGUCGAGAUCUCGCUCGACGACGGCCACAGCUGGAAGUGCGCAUCGAUCCACUACCCUGAAGACCUCUACCGCAUGUAUCCCAUCCAAGGCCAUCCGUACUUUGGUACGCUCGACCUGAGCUCUACCGAGAUGAGCUUCGCCUGGUGCUUCUGGCGCCUCGACGUCGAUGUUCAGGCGGACAUCGUCGCGAAGGACGUCAAGGUCAUCAGCGUGCGAGCGCUGGAUGAGGGACUGGCGACGAUGCCCAGGGAUAUGUACUGGAACGCUACAUCGAUGAUGAACUCGUGGUGGUUCCGCGUUGCCGUGCACCGUGACGGCAACAAGAUUCGGUUCGAGCACCCGACGCUCGCCGGUAAUGCGGCAGGCGGUUGGAUGCAGCGGAUGAACGAGACGGGUCUGAACUGUCGUUAUCCCACGUUCGGCGGUGCGAAGAAGGCAGACGGUGGUGACGAGGAGCCGAAGGGAGACAAGCCGACCGUGGAAGCCGCGCGAGAGGAGCAGAAGAUGAUCAUGAUCGACUCGGCGAAGGCUGAUACGGUGGUCACUGCUGCUGACCUGGCUGCUCAUGGUGACGGCGAGGGUCCCGAGCCAUGGUUCGUCGUGCAUGGUCACGUCUACGAUGGCACUGGAUUCCUCAAAGACCACCCUGGUGGAGAUCAAUCCAUCCGUCUCGUUGCAGGCGAAGACGCGACCGAAGACUUCAUGGCGAUCCACUCGAUGGACGCCAAAAAGAUGCUUCGCGACUAUCACCUUGGUCGACUCGAGGUCAAAGAUGGGGGCUCUGCAGCAGUCGUCGCUGAACCCGAGGCGAUCGACCUCGACAAGCCUUAUCUGGAACCCAAGAAAUGGCGCGCAACCAAGCUUGUCAGCAAGAAGAUCAUCUCUCCCGAUGCACGAAUCUUCCGCUUUGCCCUGGGUGGCCCGGACCAAGAGCUCGGACUCCCGGUGGGUCAGCAUGUCUUCGUCCGCGUUCGAUCGAAAGAACCCAAAACAGGCGAGAUCGAAACGGUCCAACGAGCGUACACGCCGUACAGCGGCAACACGCAGCGUGGCUUCCUCGACAUCCUCAUCAAAGUCUACUUCCCAACCGAAGCCUCCGCCGAUGCGCCCCCUGCUUAUGCGGGAGGUAAGAUGACGAUGCUGCUCGAGACGAUCGAUGUCGAGUCUCCCUCUUCCGACCUCACCAUUGAGCUCAAAGGACCGCUUGGGUCGUUCACCUACCUGGGCGAGCGUCAGAUCCGAUGGAAGCCGGCGAACCAGAUUCGUCGCGUUCGCAAGCUGGCCAUGAUUGCCGGUGGCUCGGGCAUCACGCCCAUCUGGUCCACGCUCAAGGCCAUUGCUGACGAAGCUCUGGCCUCUCCUUCGCUUGAAGAAGAUCCGAUCCAGAUCUGGGUGGUCUACGGCAACCGUUCCGAGCAGGACAUUCUCAUUCGCGAGGAGCUCGAGAAGCUGAGAGUGGCGUUGAAGGGCAAUCUCCACGUGUGGCACGUUCUCAGCAAAUCUGCCGACGAAGCGUGGAGUAUGGGUCGAGGACACAUCAGCACAGAUGUGAUGAAGGAGCACCUGCCCCCUCCGCCAGCGAGGACGGAGGGCGAGGAGCUCGAGGAUACGUUGGCUCUGGUGUGCGGACCGCCGCCGCUCGAGCAGGCGGUUUCAAAGGGGCUGAAGGAGCUAGGAUGGGAUCUGGACAGGACGGUUGUGUUUUUCUAG